CCGCGGGCAGCCUCCUGCGGUCGGAGGUGAUGAUGCCUCCUCGGCGCACAGAGCUCAGCGCCGCCGGAUGGAAUUUACAAGGUCGCACCUGUCUCGAAAGCGGCUGAUAUUCGACACACUUUUAUUGGAAAACGCUGGCUUCUGGAGGAGAAAGCGACACGCAGGCGGAAUGAGUUUGGCGUGCGAAUCGCUUUACUUUUAACCUGGACGGACAACAUUUUGCCGAAUGAUUUUUAGCCGCAGUGCCACACUGGAUCAUCCGGCGGCAGCGCAUAAUGUCUAGAAUGCAGAAAGCCAUGGGCGGCGUGGUGGAGGUGAAGAGUAAGUUUGAAGCAGAAUACCGUCGCUUCGCUUUCAAGAGGAACUGCCCAGGUGGCUUCCUGGAGUUUUAUAGCCUCCUGCAAACAAUACAUCGCAUCCAUGAUGUCGACAUUUUAUUGGGAUACGCCGAUGACUCUGGGGACCUCCUUCCAAUCAACAAUGAGGACAACUUUAACAAAGCUGUCAUGUCAGCAAAUCCCUUGCUUCGCAUUAUCAUUACCAAGAAAGAGGAUGAACCUGCACCAUUUCCAGACAACCGGCGUAAAAAAGGCUUAGGGCUGUCAGUACUCCGUACCAAUGGCUCAUUGUCGAUCCACUCAAAGAACAAACUUGGUCGCAUGAUUAGCAGACCAAAGGACUUCCGUCAAAUUUCAUCAAUCAUUGACGUGGAUAUCUUACCUGAGACACAUCGGCGCGUACGGCUCCACAAGCAUGGCACCCAUAAACCACUGGGUUUCUAUAUCCGAGACGGGGUCAGCGUGCGAGUGACGCCACAUGGUGUCGAAAAGGUUCCAGGAGUGUUCAUAUCUCGCCUGGUGCGUGGUGGUCUUGCAGAGAGCACAGGCCUCCUGGGACUUAAUGAUGAAAUCCUCGAGGUCAAUGGCAUCGAUGUUACGGGAAAAUCAUUGGAUCAGGUAACAGACAUGAUGGUGGCCAACAGCCACAAUCUUAUCGUGACUGUGAAGCCAGCUAACCAGAGGAACAAUGUGAUACAUCGCGGGAGUCGGACCUCCGUGGGAAGUUCUAUUUCUUUUGGCCUAAAUGGAUCUACAGGCCCUGCUCUUUUGCAUGAUUCAACAAGUCCCACUUCCCAGAGCAACCCCAUCACUGCAAGCAGCAGUACUGCAGAGGGCGACAGUGAUGAAGAAGAUGACGACGACGAUUGCGAUCUAAUUGUGGAAAACGAGCGUCUGAUGUUUCCUGAAUCUCGUCGGGCCGCAAACAGCAACAAGGUGUACAGCAACAGUGAAACAUUGCAGGAUGGUCCUGCAAUGAGGACCCUUCAACAGAGCGUCUCCAUGCCUGAAUAUAUUGCGUCUAGCCUGACGGAUAGAGCGAUGGUGAUGUCCAGUCCCUAUGGACACAGCUGAUGAUGUAUACACACACUUGAGUCUUUUACUGAAACUAAUACCUAGCCCUGUAUCAGAAACACCCCAUUGUACAUUUGCCAAGGUGACAACUUUUUAUAUGUUUGGUGGUUCACCUUUAAAACCCGCAGAACGGCUUGGUGGUUGCUAUGGUAACCGACAUGCGUACCAGGAAAAGCGUCAACAAAAUCUCAAAUGAUUUUAGGAAAACACAACACAAUUCAAAGUAAAAAGCUCCACCAAAUAGUAAAAAAAAAAGAUCUUUAAAGCGUAAUCCCUUGUUCCUUAUCCAUUUCUGAAAGUUCCAUCAAAAUAUGCCCUUAAUUUUUAAGCUAUCUUUACCGGUGUGUAGCCCGUAUGUCUGUCUACAUUAUCACUGUCUUUGCAGAGCCGCUAGCGUAGAACCUACGCAUGCACGAAAGUGUUACUGUAAGCAAAUGUAGAAAUAAUCAAGAUCCGUAUCAAAAUCACUUUUUCUUCAUCCAUUUCCUAACAGCUUUAUGAAAAUCCACCAAUACAUUUCGGAGUUAUCUAGAACGGAAUGAAAAAAAACAGUCAUCCACUGUCUUGGUAUCCGUGGGUGGAAGCGUGGAAGAUUAAAAAUGUUAAAAAAUCACGCCAGCACCAAAGACUUGUUUUUUAAAUGCUAACAAAGAGUUUUUUAUCCAAUAAUUGAAUGAUCUUUCCUUUACCAUUAAAACUCACUGAGGCAGCAUUUACACUAAGCCAGCAGAGAUAUUAAGAUCUGCGAUUUUAUAACAACUCGUGAUUCAAUUCCAUUUCAAUUCAAACCAAUUCUCAGAAUAUUUCAGAAAAAUAAUAUCCGUCCAGUAUCUACCGCUUGUCCUUCUCAGAGUCGCGGUAUUUUUACAAUAUAUUAUAUGGUAUAUUUAUUGUGAUAAAAACAUUUUCAAAACCGGUUAGAAGUUACAAAAACUCCUCUUGGCUAUAAAAACUAUUUUGUGGACCAUGAUUCUUGAACAUUUUAAAUCAUAAGUAGGAAUAGCAAUAUGAAUUUUAAAGCAAUAGCUAUUUAAGUGUUAAUAUAGUUCUCCCCGGGCUUCACGGUGGCAGAGGGGUUUGUGCGUCUGCCUCACAAUACGAAGGUCCUGCAGUCCUGGGUUCAAAUCCAGGCUCGGGAUCUUUCUGUGUGGAGUUUGCAUGUUCUCCCCUUGAAUGCGUGGGUUCCCUCUGGGUACUCCGGCUUCCUCCCACCUCCAAAGACAUGCACCUGGGGAUAGGCUCCUCCCACUUCCAAAGACAUGCACUUGGGGAUAGGUUGAUUGGCAACACUAAAUUGGCCCUAGGGUGUGAAUGUGAGUCUGAAUGUUGUCUGUCUAUUUGUGUUGGCCCUGCGAUGAGGUGGCGACUUGUCCAGGGUGUACCCCGCCUUCCGCCCGAUUGUAGCUGAGAUAGGCGCCAGCGCCCCCCGUGACCCCAAAAGGGAAUGAGCGGUAGAAAAUGGAUGGAUAGUUCUCCCCUUACUUUGAUAUCAAGAUCUUCCAAGUCGAUCUUGUAUCUGUAUAGAACUCGCUGCAUGGAUCCGUCGCAUGGAUUGGAACCCCAGGAUGCAGAGCAAGGAAGGAAAAAUACAGGCAAAAAAUCCAAUAAAUUGGAAAACAUAUUUCGAGCAGCAUGUAAGCGCACAGAAGACAAAACACUUUGUCAAGAUACAAAGCAAAAAAAGAGCAACAGGUGAAACUGACAAGAAACCGAGCAGAAAGUGAUUGUGCAGCAAAAGAAGGAAUCCAACACGAAGUAAAACAAAAAUAGCACCAGAACAGGUAUUUAUACAAAACACAGGAAAAUAGCUAACAAAGUGAAAACUCGGACAAGUCGCCACCUCAUCGCAGGGCCAACACAGAUAGACAGACAACAUUCACACUCACAUUCACACACUAGGGACCAUUUAGUGUUGCCAAUCAACCUAUCCCCAGGUGUGUGUCUUUGGAAGUGGGAGGAAGCCCACGCAGUCACGGGGAGAACAUGCAAACUCCACACAGAAAGACCCCGAGUCCGGGUAUCGAACCUAGGACCUUCCUAUUGUGAUAUUGUGAGGCACACACACAACACCCUGAUUCCCCGUCUGCCCUGUUAGUAUAUGGGAUCAACAGUGAAACCUUUUUGAAAAAGGUAUGUCAUUUAUAUAACAAAUCAAAUAUUGUGGCUUAGAAUCGAGAAUUGAAAAUCGGAGUUGAAUUAUGAGUUGUAAAGAUUCACAUUCCUAUUAAAUGUUUAAGGGACGGCGUGGCGCAGGGGGAGAGUGGCCGUGCGCAACCCGAGGGUCCCUGGUUCAAUCCCGACCUAGUACCAACCUCGUCACGUCCGUUGUGUCCUGAGCAAGACACUUCACCCUUGCUCCUGAUGGGUGCUGGUUAGCGCCUUGCAUGGCAGCUCCCUCCAUCAGUGUGUGAAUGUGUGUGUGAAUGGGUAAAUGUGGAAGUAGUGUCAAAGCGCUUUGAGUACUUUGAAGGUAGAAAAGCGCUAUACAAGUACAACCCAUUUACCUACGUCCAUUUUAAUUUAAGAUUUUAGAGUGUUUUUUUUUUAUUGAUAAAGGAUGCUUCACUUCCAGUUUGUGAUGUCACUUCCUUUCCAUCCAUUUAUGAAUGUUCACAAUAUUUACAUCUGUCAUGAGAGAGUACAGCCUUUAGGUUCAAUAUGCACAUAACAUUUUCUACCGCUUGUCUCUUUUGGGAUUGUGGGGUGUGCUGGAGCCUAUCUCAGCUGGAUUUGGGCAGAAGGCGCCGUACACCCUGGACAAGUCACCAACACAGAUAGACAACAUUCACACUCACGAGGGCCAAUUUAAUGUUGCCAAUCCACUUCUCCCUAGGUGCAUGUUUUUGGAGGUGUGUUUAUACAGAUUGACUUCAAAGUAUUUUGUUUCUUAUUGAGAAAAACAGUGUCUCAUGUUUAUUUUAGGAUUAAAGCUUGCAAGCGAUUUUAUGGAAGUGUGGUUAUCAAUGACAAUUGUUUUUUUUUAACUACAACACUAACCAUGGGUAGUUUUACGUCAGUUUAUAUUUAAUGGUUACAUCCUUGGGAUUGGGGGUUAAAUCAGCAUAAAAUGAUUCCCGGGCGUGGCACCGCUGCUGCCCACUGCUCCCCUCACCUCCCAGGGGGUGAACAAGGGGAUGGGUCAAAUGCAGAGGACACAUUUCACCACGAUUGGUACUUUAACUUUAUUUUUUUUUACUUUUUAAUCACUGAGGCCACAGUUACCCAAAAUCUCAGUUUUCAAAGACAAAAAUCACAUGUGUUUAAAAUAAUUUUGCAUGAAAUACCCAAAUACAUGGAAAGAAUGUUCACAUGUUGAGCCUGCCGUCUGUAAUUUGAUUUAGUCCAAUCCGUCCUUUUAAAAAAAAAAAAAUGUUUUAAUCUACCAAUACCUUCUUUUGUUUGAGAUUAUAAAGGAAACUGGUUUUAUUUGCAUAAUUCAGAGUAUAAUUAUAUAAUAUAAUCAUUUGAAUCUAUUGUGUGGUGGGAGUCUGAGUGGAUGAGUCAGAAAAGUAAGGAGGUUGUUUCGUUGAUGCGUCAAUCUGAAAAUGAACGAAAUUAAAUAAAAAGUCUAUUUGUCUUGCCUUUCA